AUGCACACCUGCCAACCCACCACCCUCGCGGUGCGCGCAGCUCGAUCCUCAUUCAAACCCAAAUCCUUCCAACGAGGAUACCUCCAAGACAUUGCUAUCACACGAACGGGCAAACCGAUCAUAAAACACCCGGGAGGAAGAUCAUCAUUAGGAGGUUAUACAGUUACCGUCUUCGGUGCGAAUGGAUUUCUCGGGAGAUACAUCGUCCAGCGACUUGCGAAAAGAGGAUGCCAAGUUGUGGUCCCUUACAGAGAUGAUAUGGCAAAGAGACAUUUGAAACCCACUGGCGACUUGGGCAGAGUUUCCUUUAUGGAGUUCGACCUGAGAAAUACGCAGUCGAUUGAAGAGAGUGUGCGACAUUCGGACAUUGUGUUCAACCUGAUUGGCAAGAACUACCCGACAAAGAACUUCAGUCUGUGGGACGUCAACGUCGAGGGCGUGGAGAGAAUAGCCGAAGCUGUUGCUAAAUAUGAUGUUGACCGGUUCAUUCACCUCUCGUCGUACAAUGCGGACAUCGACUCUCCGUCGGAGUUCUUCAGGUCAAAGGCCAUGGGAGAACAAGUUGCAAGACAACUCUUCCCCGAGACCACCAUCGUCCGUCCAGCACCCUGCUUCGGCUUCGAAGACACUCUUCUACAUCGCCUGGCCGGCGUGACCAAUCUGAUCACCGUGAAUAACAUGCAGGAACGCUUCAACCCGGUUCAUGCCAUUGAUAUCGGGAUGGCCCUUGAAAAGAUCGGCUACGAUGAUACCACUGCUGGCGAAACCUUCGAACUAUACGGGCCCACGAACUACAGCAUGCGCGAAAUCGCCGAACUGGUCGACAGGGAAAUCCUCAAAGAGCGCCGCCACAUUGACGUCCCCAAAGCCCUCCUCAAACCAAUCCUUUACUAUCUCAACAAAGUUAUUUGGUGGCCGAUCAUGACAGCGGAUCAAUUGGAACAAGAGUCACUGGAUCAGACGGUCGAGAAGGGGGCAAAGACGUUCAAAGACCUGGGCAUUGAACCAGCAGAGUUGAAGGAUUUGACCUACUUGUAUCUGCAAGAAUAUCGGAGCAGUAGCUACUAUGAUUUGCCGCCAGCAACGGCAAGGGAGAAGAAGGAAGCAAAGAAGUAUUUGCAUGUUAUUGACGAUCAGUAG